AUGCCCUCCUCACAAGAGGACUCCCUCCUAACAGACCUCUGCACAAUCUGUCACCUUCAACCCCCCAAAUACCGCUGCCCCCGAUGCAACACGCGCACCUGCUCGCUGCCCUGCACGCGGCGCCACAAGCUCUGGUCGCAGUGCAGCGGGGUGCGUGACCCCGCGGCCUACCUGCGGCGCAGCGAGCUGGCCACGGAGACGGCCUUCGACCGCGACUUCAACUUCAUCACCGGGAUCGAGCGGUCGAUCGAGCGGGCCGGGCGCGACGCCGAGAACCGCGGGAUCCGGGUCGAUGGGGAUGCUACCGGAUUUGUGAGGGAUUUGGCGGUCGUGGGGUUGGAUGAUUCGCCUUCUAGCACGGGAACAGGCAAGGGGGUGGAGGGGGAGGGAGGGGAGGUUGGUGGGGGCGCUGGGGGCGCUGGGGGGAAGAGGAAGAGGGGUGCUGCUGUUGCUGCUGCUGUUGCUGCUGGUGCUGGUGCUGGUGCUGCUGGUGCUGGUGCUGGUGCUGGUGGCCCUGCGAAAGGGGAAUCGGCGUUCUUGCGGGAAGUGAGAAAUGCAGGCGUGAAGGUUAUUCGGGCGCCGAGGGGAAUGAGUCGGAAUAAGGAGAAUGGGUCGAGGUGGUUUGCUAAACAGCAAUGCUUGGUGUGGACGGUGGAGUGGAUAGGGGAGACCGGGGAGAAGCGCACGAGGAACUGCAGGGAUUCGGUUCCGAUUUCCAUCUCCUAUGAUCGAGCCUUUCCUCUCAGUAGGGAAGAACGCGAGAAGGAAAAGGAACAGGAGCAGACGGAGACACAGACACAGAACCAAGAGCAGGGAGAAGAUCAGGGCCAAGCGCAACAACAGGAACUGCCUUCUUCAACAACGGAGAACGUCGCUCAGCAACCUGAGGAUAUCCCCUCUGUUAAUACUACAACCACCGAAUCCAGCACUACUGCAGAAUCAACAGCACCAACCACAAUCGACGAACCACACCCACCCACUACCACCUCCUCCGAACAAGAAGAAACGCACGCGAUCCUCCCCCAUCGAAACGUAUACUUUUACCUCCACCGGCCGCGGACAGCGACCAAACAUCCCGUCCUGAUCCCGCUCGCCCCCAGCAUGACUCUCACCGCCGCCCUGCACGACCACACGGUCAUCGAAUUCCCUACUAUCUAUGUACUACCGGACUCGCCCGAUGCGUUACGCGCGCAGGGAUCCGACGCCCGGUAUCUACUGGAAGACGAGUAUAUUCGCACCCACGCGCCGGUGGAAGAGAACAGCGCGAGUCCGGCGGAGUCGGAGGUCGAGCAACAGGCCCCUGCCGGUAUCGACUUGGGGAAUGUCGACGAGAAAAAGGUCUUGGAAGUGCUCAAGAAAGAUCUAUUCGAGCCGACGACGCUUGGGUGA